AUGGCCGACGAUCCUGUCGCCCAAUUUAUGUCCAUCACGGGCGCCAACGAUACAGUCGCCACUGGCUGCCUGUCCAUGACUGAGGGCGACGUGAUGGCCGCUGUCAACCUCUUCUUCGAGAAUCCAGAAAUCGCGAGUUCCUUCUCUGCCCAAGCUUCCUCUGCCGCACCUGCCUCCUCCUCGACUGCCGCAGCCUCCCGACCACAAGGCGCAUCUUCGAGCCGGAACCUGGGCCGGCAGGAUGAUCAAGGCGUCAUCCAUAUAGAUGAUGAUGAUGAUGAUGACGACGAUGAACCCAUCCGAGUUGACGACGAUGACGAUGUCGAUGAUGUGGAUCACUCUGACCUCGAACGUAUUGCGCAGGAGAGCGACGAUGCGGCCAUGGCCCGCCGCCUGCAGGAGGAGAUGUAUGGCGGUGGCGGCCCCCCUCCCGCAGACGGUGUGCGGGCUCCCAUCGCUAGGACUACGGAGACGCUGGUUGCGCCCAGCGGAUACGGCGCACCGAUUGACGAUGAUGGAUUUGGCGGUCUAGAGCAGCUCCGAAGACAGACUCGGCCUCGACCUACCGGUAACCCCUUCGGCCAGUCGAUCUGGGAGGACUCCGACAGCCCACACCCUCCAACAUCUUUUGCCUCUGCAGCAGGCGGCUCCAGCGGGGAGCAGAACCGAGCACAGCGCCUGGCGGAUCUGUUCCGCCCGCCGUACGAACUGAUGGAACACCUGGCCUGGGACGAGGCCAGAGACGUCGGCAAGGAGGACAAGAAGUGGAUCCUGGUGAAUGUGCAGGACAUGAACGACUUCAACUGCCAGGCGUUGAAUCGAGACAUCUGGAAGGACUCAGCCAUCGUGGCCCUUGUGAAGGAGAACUUCAUUUUCCUGCAGUACGCUAAGGACGACCCACGUGCAGGCGAAUACAACACCUUCUACUUCCCACCACACGCACAGGAGAACAAGGACAACUUCCCACACGUGUCAAUUAUCGAUCCACGGACGGGAGAGCAAGUCAAGGUCUGGUCAGGCAUUCCUUUUCCCAACGCGCAGGCGUUUCAUGCGGACCUGGUGGAGUUCUUGGACCGGUACUCGCUGGAGCAGAACAAGAAAAACCCUGUGUCGAAGCAGAAGCGGCCCCAGCCGGCUGUUGACGUGAACCGAAUGACGGAGGAGGAGAUGUUGGAGAUGGCGUUGCGGAACAGCCUCGACGCGAAUGGUGGAAACGGAAGUGCCAGCAACCUGAACGCGCUGCAGGACCCCGACGACCUUACAAAGUCAGUUGAGCUGGAGAAGGGCAAGGGUAAGGCGGUUGCAACGUCCAGCUCGGACGAGAUCAUGGGAGGAACUCCACAAGCAGAGUCACAAGAAGCACAGUCGGCAUCAUCGUCAUUGUUCGCCUCCGUUGCCUCCGACAAGCCCCAUUCCGAGCCUGCCAAUGGCCCCACGGUCACGAGAAUCCAGUUCCGACACCCAGAGGGCCGAGUGAUCCGGCGGUUCAACGUGACGGAGCCGAUCCGGCGAAUUUACGAAUGGUUGAAAUCGGAGCCGAUCACGGCGGACAAGGCAGGCGUGGAAUUUGAGCUCAAGACAGUGCCCGAGGGCAAGGACCUGAUUGAGCUGCUGGACCAGACCAUCGAAGAGGCUGGUCUCAAGCAGGCUACUGUGAUGAUCGAGUACAUUGAAGCUUGA